AUGGAGGCUGGGAAGUUCUUAGGGUUCAUGAUCACCCAAAGAGGAGUAGAAGCCAACUCUGAGAAGUGCCAAGCAAUUCUCCAGAUGAAGAGCCCGGGUUGUAUCAAAGACGUCCAACGAUUGGCAGGAAGGCUGACGGCAUUAUCCCGUUUCCUCGGCGCAUCGGCAGCAAAAGCUCUGCCCUUUUUCAAUCUGAUGAAAAAUGGGAUAGCAUUCGAAUGGACCCCAGCGUGUGAGGAAGCAUUCAACCACUUCAUGGAAAUCCUAGCAGCACCUCCGGUGCUCGGGAAGCCCAAGGCCGGAGAGCCACUCUACCUCUACCUGGCAGUAACAGAGGAAGCCCUUGCAGCAAUGCUCGUACGAGAAGAAGGGAAGACUCAGCAACUGAUUUACUUCGUAAGCAGAGCUCUACAAGGAGCAGAGCUGAGGUACAGUAAACUGGAAAAGCUGGCGCUGGCACUCCUAACCUCCUCCCGAAGGUUGAGGCAGUACUUCCAGGGCCAUCGCAUAGUCGUGAGAACGGACCAAGCAAUUCGCCAAGUACUCCAAAAACCUGAUUUGGCUGGAAGGAUGAUGACCUGGGCCAUCGAGCUCUCCCAAUACGACUUGCAGUAUGAGCCCCGACAUGCAAUCAAGGCACAGGCGAUGGCAGAUUUCUUGGUAGAGAUAACGGGUGACCCCCACGAGGAAACGGGCACACGGCAGUUCCAAGAGGUCACGGUCCAACACGUUCCAAGAGAAAGGAACACACGGGUAGACCUCCUAUCUAAAUUAGCAAGCACGAAGCCGGGAGCUGGCAACCGGUCUCUCAUUCAGGGCAUGGUGAAGGAACCGACGGUUGCCCUCCAUUUGAUGGAGUCAAGCCCCUCCUGGCUGGACCCCAUCAUAAACUUCCUGGAACAUGGCAAGCUUCCUGAUGAUGAGAAAGCGACCAAAAUGUUGAGAAGGGAGGCUGCCAAAUAUGUGAUAACCCGUUUCGGUAUCCCAGAGGUCGUCAUUUCGGAUAAUGGGAUGCAGUUCACUGAUAAGAAGUUCACGGAAUUCCUCACCGACCUGGGGAUAAAACAAAAGUUUUCCUCAGUAGAACAUCCCCAGACGAACGGACAAGUGAAGUCCGCAAACAAAGUCAUCCUACUAGGCCUCAAGAAAUGCUUAGACAACAAGAAAGGCGCAUGGGCCGACGAGCUUGCUUCGGUCCUCUGGUCCUACCGGACAACCGAGCAAAGCUCCACCGGGGAAACCCCCUUUCUCCUAACGUACGGGGUCGACGCAGUGAUACCCGUGGAAAUUGGCGAACCGAGUCCACGGUUACUUCUCGCAGAAGUAGACGAAGCGGUGGAAAAGGACCUGGUGGAAGAGACAAGAGAGAUGGCCCACUUGUCAGAAACAGCACUAAAACAAAGAAUAGUGCUGCGCUAUAACACUAAAGUCCUCAGGAGGGAUUUUGAGGAAAGAGACCUCGUCCUGCGAUGCAACGAUCUAACGACUAAUUCUUACUUGUCCAAAUUCUUCCAUCUAUUAUCUUCCAACGCGUACCCUGCGAGAUCGUGCUCGUAA